GUCAAAGACAAAAAAGUUCUGUCAUUUAAAAACACGUCAACGAAUGCCGAGUUGUAUGUUUUUGUUGAAAUUACACCAAAAAGAAGAAUAAAUAACCAGAAAAAUGGUGCACACAACAAUGGAAGGAUCUCUAUUCGAACCGACGCUAUACAUCGUGAAAGGCAUGUGUAUCUUGGACAAUGAUGGCAACAGGAUCCUGGCUAAGUAUUACGAUAAAGAUGUCCUGCCCACCGCUAAGGAACAGAAGGCUUUUGAGAAGAACUUGUUUAAUAAGACACACAGAGCAAAUGCGGAGAUCAUCAUGUUGGAAGGUCUGACCUGUGUGUACAAGAGCAAUGUAGACCUCUUCUUUUAUGUCAUGGGCAGCUCACAUGAAAAUGAGUUAAUCCUGCAAUCAGUACUGAAUGCACUGUACGAGUCGGUCAGCAUACUACUGAGGAGGAACGUGGAGAGACGCGUGCUGCUGGAUAACUUGGAUGCUGUCAUGCUCGCUUUUGAUGAGAUCUGCGAUGGAGGUGUGAUUCUCGACUCCGACCCCACCUCCAUAGUGGGCAGAGCAGCGCUUCGCACCGAGGACGUCCCCCUCGGGGAGCAGACCGUGGCCCAGGUGUUACAAUCGGCGAAGGAGCAACUGAAAUGGUCCCUGUUAAAAUAAAUUAAUAAAAAACAAAUAUAUUUGCAUUUAUAAUACAAUUUAAUAAAUAAUUGUAUUACCUAUUUUAUUUACUAGGUUUUUGACAUUUCACGAGCGCUCUUGAAUAUGGAAAAGGAUAAGGAGUAUAUAUAUCUAAAAUUUCAAGUUU